AAACUACUUGAGUGACCGGAAUGAAAGUAUUUCUCGUACUAGCAGCACUGUUGACCUUGGUCAGCGCCCUGCCCAUUCAGGAGCGCAUUCAUGGCGAGACGGGCUGGUAUGUACCACAAAUUGAUGGCACCUCCGAGUGGUUGGAUCUGGACGAGGCCGAGCAGCUGUUGGCCAACGCCGAGCAAAUGGAGGGACGCAUGAGCUCCAAUGCAGUGUCCUUCUACCUCUACACCAGAUCAAACCCCCACGAGGGCAAGGAACUUAGCGCCAAGGAAGCAGCCCUUCGCGACUCACACUUCAACAAGGAUCAUGCCACACGCUUUGUCAUUCACGGCUGGACUGGCCAUCACUCGGACCCAAUGAUCUCCGAAAUUACCAAUGCCUGGCUAUCCCGUGGCGACUACAACGUUAUUAUUGUUGACUGGGCAAGGGCUCGCUCCGCUGACUAUGCCUCCUCGGUGGUGGCUGUACCCGGCGUCGGCACCCAAGUGGGCGAAAUGAUCAGCUACCUGCACGAGCAUCACGGCAUGUCCCUGGACCGCUUGACGGUCAUUGGCCACAGCCUGGGCGCCCAUGUAGCCGGAUAUGCUGGCAAAGCCAUUGGCGAGGGUCGCAUUCAUACCAUUAUUGGCCUGGACCCUGCUCUGCCUUUGUUCAGCUAUGACAAGCCGGACAAGCGUCUAAAUUCCGAAGAUGCCUUCUACGUGGAGUCCAUUCAGACCAACGGCGGCAAGCUGGGCUUCCUUAAGCCUAUUGGCAAGAGCGCCUUCUACCCCAACGGCGGCAAGGAGCAACCCGGCUGUGAUGUAGACACCUGUUCCCACCGCCGCUCUGUGACCUACUAUGCUGAGGCUGUGACCGAGAAUAACUUUGGCGCUCUCAAAUGCCCCGACUAUGAGGCGGCAGUGGACAACAUGUGCGCCAGCACCUACAGCGGCAUUCGCAUGGGCGCCGAUUACAACGCUUACAUGUCGGGGGGUAGUUUCUAUGUGCCUGUUAACAGCGCAGCGCCCUAUGGCAAAAUUGAAUAAGUUGUGCUAUCUGUAGAUCUGAAUAAAGUAUAAAAGCAAA